GUUAUAGACGUUUGGGAACCGCUCAAGGUACGCCUGGAGUCAUAUCUACCUUGCAAGAGUGCCAGAUUCUUGAUCUGGGGGGCGCCGAAUGGAUCUUGUGGUGUUCCAUAUAGCCGAUGGAGAGGCGUUCAAACCCAGAUGGAUUUCAUCGUACUCUCCAUAUGUCUAAUGGAGGCUAGUUAGAACCUAGGACAUGCCCCCUUGAAGGCACCAAGGCGGUUUAUGGCGCAUUUUUGUCGUUGUCCCUUUUCGCGGUGGCAAAUCACAUUAACCUUCUGCGGCCGACGCUCAUUUGACUCAUUCUUAUAUGACCCACUCGAUCAGAUGCCGAAAUCGACAAGUCAUUACAAGCAUAAGAAGGGUAGAAACGCUGGCAAUCCGAUGGUGUUGAAAGGGUCAAAGAAAAAGCCGAUGAAUACCAACCCUCAUGCGCCCAAGAGACCCUUGUCUGCUUUCAUGUUUUUUUGUGAGGAGUGGGAAAAACUUAUUAAGGAAGAGAAUCCCGACGCGUCAUCUCUUGAGCAUGGCAAGUUGAUCGGUGCAAGAUGGAAGGCAUUAGGUGACUUGGAUCGAGAGUACUAUCUUAAGCAAGCGGCAGCAGAUAAAGAACGUUACGACAUUGAACUGAGCUUACUUGUCGAUCCCCAGGAUCAUUCGGGAGAUGAAGAUGCAUCACAACCACGUCCUGUCAAGUCCGGUCAUCGCGAGAAAUGA